AUGCGAGCAGUCGUGUUAGUCUGUCUUUUGGCAGGCCUCGUCUACGCGGAUCUCUUCACUGCCAUUGCUGACUUGCAGGUGAGAAGCACCCUAAAUCAUUUUAAAAGUACCCUUCCCUUUUAGCACAUGCUCGGAUCUGAGAAGGACGUAACGACCUUCAUUGAUCAGUACAUUGCAGCCGAAAGAUCCAGACUGGACGAUCUGAGAAGGUCAGUUCAGAAGGGUGAACUGACAUGAAAUACGGAUUCAGAUACGCUCACGAAUACGUUCACCGAAAUGCUCACGCUGAAGCCGUUGGCCCAGAAUUCGUCACAAACCCCAUCAAUGCGUACCUGCUGAUCAAGAGAUUGACGAGCGAAUGGAAGAACGUGGAGAACAUGAUGCUGAACAACAAAGCGGCCACUUUCCUCCAGAACAUCACGGACAAUCGCGUUCGCAGUCAGGUCAAGUUCCCGGGAGAUGAGGAUCUGAGCGGAGCAGCGACGGCCCUUCUGAGACUGCAGGACACGUACAAACUGGACACGCACGACCUCGCGAACGGAGUGAUCGGAGGGGAAAAGGUCUCGCACAAACUAUCCGGGCACGACACUUUUGAGGUCGGAAGGGCUGCCUACAACCAGAAGGACUAUUAUCACACUCUCAUGUGGAUGCAAGUCGCUCUCAAUAAGGUAACGAUUCUUAGCCACCCACAACAGACAUAGAACAAUCAUUUUCAGAUCGAGAACGAGAACCCGCCAACUGUGGAAGAGGCCGAGAUCCUCGAGUAUCUUGCCUAUUCCCUUUACCAGCAAGGAAACGUCCGUCGCGCGCUCUCUCUGACCAAGAGACUUGCCAAGAUUGCUCCGAACCAUCCGAGAGCGAAGGGAAACGUCAAGUGGUACGAGGACAUGUUGCAAGGAAAGGACAUGGAAGGAGACCUGCCGCCGAUCGUGAACAAGAGAGUCGAGUUUGACGGAAUCGUUGAGAGGGAUGCUUACGAAGCACUCUGUCGUGGAGAGAUUCCCCCAGUCGAGGAGAAAUGGAGGAACAAGCUGAAGUGCUAUCUUAAGGUAUUCGAGAGAAAAUAGAGAGAACUUUUAUAAAACUUCAUUUUCAGAGGGACAAACCAUUCCUGAAACUGGCUCCGAUCAAGGUCGAGAUCCUUCGUUUCGACCCUCUCGCCGUUCUUUUCAAAAAUGUCAUUUCGGAUUCGGAGAUCGAGGUUAUCAAGGAGUUGGCAUCACCAAUGGUACGUACCAGACAACAGACUAAAUUCCAAGAAUCCAUAGAAAAAGUCCGAUAGUCUUUUUAGCUAGAACGUGCCACCGUGAAAGCCGCGGACGGUAGUCUAGUGACCGUAGACUACCGUAUUUCCAAGAGGUGACAUUCCGAUCCGGUUGUUCGUUUGAAGUGUGCCUCUGUUCUAGAAUAAGUUUUCCCUCCUCUUUUUCCCGAGUGAUUCCCUCUCCUCUGUUAUCUGACACGUGUGUUGUUUUAGCUGAAACGAGCGACUGUUCAAAACUCGAAGACUGGCGAACUGGAACAUGCCACGUACCGCAUCUCCAAGAGGUUUGCUUCUUUUCCCUUUGUUGAACGGCUUCUGGGUGUGAAUGGAGUGGUUGCAUUGGACCAUUAACCCUCGGGAACCGGAAUGUUUUCAGUGCUUGGCUGAAGGGAGAUCUGUCCCCUGUGAUUGCGAGAGUCAACCGGAGAAUCGAGGACUUCACCGGACUCAACCAGGCCACUUCCGAAGAACUUCAGGUAUUCCGAGCCUUCCGUACAGAGAUAUCAUUUUGUGAUUGCAGGUAGCAAACUACGGUCUCGGAGGUCACUACGAUCCUCACUUCGACUUUGCCCGGGUAAUCCAAACUUUCCUCGCUUUUCUCUUUUCAGAUUGCAAAUUACGGUCUCGGCGGGCACUACGAGCCUCAUUAUGACAUGUCUCUGGUGGGUAAUCCCUCCGGCGCACGUGGCAUUUUCAGCCCGAAUUUCAGAGAGGCGUGCCCGAACCGUACGGGAAGAACGGAAAUCGAAUAGCCACAGUGUUGUUCUACGUGAGUUUCGGGACACUUUUCAAUUGUGACAAUUUAUAGAAAGAGGAGAAGAAUGCGUUCAAGACACUCAAUACCGGCAACCGAAUCGCGACGGUUUUGUUCUAUGUGAGAAGUUUUUCCGUGUUUUCGAUGCCAUCACGCACUUUUGGGCUAUUGCAUGUGUGAUAAUAUUGCAUGAGUUUGGGUGUGAUGAGUGCCAGAAGCCAUCCCAAAAGUGCGUGAUGCCGUCUUUGUCGAACCAAUUUCUAGGAAUGCGCGUGCACAGAGUGAUUGAGAGAGAGAGAGAAACAGAUAAUAGUUUAUCGGAUUCUAAAGAUAUCACAGUUUGAAGUUACACUUUGCACAGUCCUCCCCUCGCUCCCACCCCAUCCGGUCGUUUUCAGAUGAGCCAGCCGGAACGAGGAGGAGCCACAGUCUUCAAUCACCUCGGAACCGCCGUCUUCCCAUCGAAGAACGAUGCUCUCUUCUGGUACAAUCUCCGAGUUCGUCCCUUUUUCGCUUUCCUCCACCCAAUCCGCUCCCUUUUCAGAGAAAUGGAGACGGUGAUCUGCGCACCCGCCACGCCGCCUGCCCCGUUCUGCUCGGCGUUAAAUGGGUGUCCAACAAAUGGAUCCACGAGAAAGGACAAGAGUUCAAUCGGCCAUGCGGACUGGACGAGGAGGUCCAGGAGAACUUUGUCGGAGACUUGGCCCCGUACGCCAACGACCCAUAG